GCGCGUCUCCUCGCCCCGGGACGCAAAGCUCCCGACAGCUGCGGGCCGGGCCGGGCCGAGGCCGGCGCGGGUGGGGGGAGAGAAGCCCGGCGCGCUGGCCCGGCCACCGUGCGCCCCCGCCGCCCGCCGCCCGCUCCGGACGCGCCCCCCGCGCACUCCCCGAAGAGGCCAAAGUUUGCCGGCCGAGACCCGCCGCCCGCGCCGAGGGCUCCCGGGGCCCCCUCGCUUCCCGGUAUUGUUCGCCGACUUCGCUCCCCGGCUCCGCGGCCCCAUCUCGGCGGAGGCCCGGGCCGCCGGGCGCCGGGAGAGCAGGGCCAGGCUGGGCGGGCAUGGGCGGGGGCCCGGGCCGGGACGCGGAGCGGGGCCAGCAGCCCGAACCCGAACCCGGGCCCGGGAGCGGCGGCUCUGAGGGCCGCGGACCUCCCCGCCGCCGGGGCGCCUCCGACGCCGGCACCAUGCCGCGGCGCCCGGGGCCCCGCCUGUGGCUGGCGCUGCAGGUGCUGGGGACGUGCGCCGCCAUCAGCUCCCUGGACCUGGAGCGCCCGGGCGACGGCCAGUGCCAGCCCAUCGAGAUCCCCAUGUGCCAGGACAUCGGCUACAACAUGACGCGCAUGCCCAACCUGAUGGGCCACGAGCAGCAGCGCGAGGCCGCCAUCCAGCUGCACGAGUUCGCGCCGCUCGUGGAGUACGGCUGCCACGGGCACCUCCGCUUCUUCCUGUGCUCGCUGUACGCGCCCAUGUGCACCGAGCAGGUCUCCGCCCCCAUCCCCGCCUGCCGCGUCAUGUGCGAGCAGGCCCGGCUCCGCUGCUCCCCGAUCAUGGAGCAGUUCCACUUCCAGUGGCCGGACUCGCUGGACUGCGGCAAACUCCCCAACAAGAACGACCCCAACUACCUGUGCAUGGAGGCGCCCAGCAACGGCUCCGAGGAGCCGGCGGCGGCGCGCGGCGCGGGCCUGUUCCCGCCGCUGUUCCGGCCGCAGCCCCGGCCCCCCGCGGGCGCGCCGGAGCCCUCACUUCCCAAGGAUGGGGGUCCGGGGGGUCCCGGGCGCGCCGGCUGCGCCAACCCCGGCAAGUUCCACCACGUGGGCCGCAGCGCCUCGUGCGCGCCGCUGUGCGCGCCCGGCGUGGACGUGUACUGGAGCCGCGAGGACAAGCGCUUCGCCGUGGUCUGGCUGGCCGUCUGGUCGGUCCUCUGCUUCCUGUCCAGCGCCUUCACCGUGCUCACCUUCCUCAUCGACCCCGAGCGCUUCCGCUACCCGGAGCGCCCCAUCAUCUUCCUCUCCAUGUGCUACUGCGUGUCCUCCCUCGGCUACAUCAUCCGCCUGUUCGCGGGCGCGGAGAGCAUCGCGUGCGACCGGGACAGCGGGCAGCUGUACGUGAUCCAGGAGGGGCUGGAGAGCACGGGCUGCACCCUGGUCUUCCUGGUGCUCUACUACUUCGGCAUGGCCAGCUCGCUGUGGUGGGUCGUCCUGACGCUCACCUGGUUCCUGGCCGCGGGCAAGAAGUGGGGGCACGAGGCCAUCGAGGCGCACAGCAGCUACUUCCACCUGGCGGCCUGGGCCAUCCCCGCCGUCAAGACCAUCCUGAUCCUGGUGAUGCGCCGCGUGGCGGGCGACGAGCUCACGGGCGUCUGCUACGUGGGCAGCAUGGACGUGCACGCGCUCACGGGCUUCGUGCUCGUGCCCCUGGCCUGCUACCUGGUCCUGGGCACGUCGUUCCUGCUGUCCGGCUUCGUGGCGCUGUUCCACAUCCGGCGGGUGAUGAAGACGGGCGGGGAGAACACGGACAAGCUGGAGAAGCUGAUGGUGCGCAUCGGGGUGUUCUCCGUGCUCUACACCGUGCCCGCCGCCUGCGUCAUCGCCUGCUACUGCUACGAGCGUUUGCACACCGAGCGCUGGCGGGCGCUGGCCGCGCAGCGCCGGUGCCGGCUGGACAGCCGGACCCAGAGCCUGGACUGCCUGCUGGCCGCCUCCAUCCCCGCCGUGGAGAUCUUCCUGCUGAAGAUCUUCAUGCUGCUGGUCGUGGGCAUCACCAGCGGCGUGUGGAUCUGGACCGCCAAGACGCUGCAGUCCUGGCGCUCCGUGUGCGGCCGCCGGUUCCGGGGGCGCGGCCGCAGGAAGCCCGCCAGCGCCGUCGCCCACCACGCGCCCGGCGGCGGCGGCGGGAUUUACAAAAAAGCCCAGCACCCCCAAAAGGCGUACCCCGGCAAGUAUGAGCUGCCCGCACAGCCGCCUGCCUGCGUGUGAACCGGCCAGAAAAACACAAAACAAAACAAAAACACACAAAAAAAGCCAAGAAACUUUCCCACGGGGAGACGGUGGCCGGCGGAGCCAAACUUGGUGCUUUUCUUGGUUGGCUGGUUGUUGGUUGGUUUGUUUUUUGUUUUUUAAUAAAAGUUUAAAAAGUAAUAAUAAUAAA